AUGCCUAACAGUCAGACAAGCAUUGCCGGACUCAAUAAGCGUACAGUUCAUCCGCGAACAGUAUAUGAUCUGGCCGAGCUCAAACCCUUUCCUCAGCACGCGGAUGACCACAAUUGUUGGCAAAAACUUUUUGACUCAGCAGUCGUUGCAGAGAAUCACGGCCAACAGCCAUGCCGAGGAUUGGAAGUGGAUUUCAAUACCUUAGUUCAACUAGCAGCGGUCGAAUAUCCAGUCAGCGUUGGUUACGGCCUAGUUCUUAUGGGUUACUCAACUGCCUUAGUUCCUAUUCAAGAAACGAAUGAUGGCAUGAUAUUAUGGCACUUGGAGGUAUCUGAUGAUGAUUUCCAACUGCAAGUUGCUGAUCUUGUGGUCAUGCACCAGAACGAUUGGCUUAAAACCCAGGACCUUGAAUAUCUUCAGUCAAAAACGGCCCUCUUGGGGUGGUGCACCAAAGCAAGGGUCCUUCUUGGUACAGACCACAUCGAUCCCCAUGUGAAUUGGUCUGGAGCACAAAACAAGCCUACGUCAUGGCAUUGGAAAGGUGCCAAUCUCCAACUAGUAGCUCAGUCUGCCUCCCCCUUACAGAUAGGGUGUCAGGCAGGUAUGUCGUUUGAUCGAACUAUCAACACUGUUCGGUAUAAUCCAUCUCGGAACUACCUGAAGUGUUUACAGAGCAGUGCAGCUGAGCAAAUUGUUCUCUACGAUGUUAGCGCAAAGAGAGCGUGGCUUGUAUCAUUACUUGCGGUACUACAUCAUAUGCUCCUUGUGUAUUGUGACUCCAUCAAUGAGGAAUUCCGAGCAAACCUUCCUCCUAGAGCCACGGAGCCUCUGAAUGGAGUCUCUGCCUCACUUGAUGUUUUGAGUAACGCGGGUGGUCUCAUCAUACAGGGCACAAAAGAAGACUCUCUAACGGUUCGAGAACUCAUUAUGGGUUUCUCGGUGAACCUAUCCAGGGCGUCUCUUCACAAACCUAAAGGAGCUCAGAUCUACGGAUAUGAGUUCAUGGAUAUUGUGAUGGACUCUCCUCAAUCCGAGCUCAAGAAACAAAAGCUUGAAAGAAAUGGUCUGUCUUGGUCCUCUUUUCUGAACGAAGUUAAAUGCCUAUUCUGCUCAAAUCUCGGUGAAGUAAUUGUCGGUGCUCGAGCGCUUGUGCUAUCUUCCCCUUGUAACAGUAUUCCCGGCGGUUAUGAUUUCCUUGCAGCCUCUAUGCAUAGUAUAGAAGGACUGUCAGCAAAGUCCGGUGGGGCACACGAAGGCAAAACCCGUCGAAUAUCGGCCAAUCGCUUUUGGAAUUUGACUGGGGAUCCGUUUGAAAGGUGUAAGCACGUCAAAGGUCAUGAGUCCUGUUGGCAGCAACCUGGAUGUCUACAGGAGAUAGAUGGCCGGCGAAAUCACCCCUCAAGUAGUAGAGAACGCCCUUUGACGGAAUAUAUCAAUGGCGCCUUGGUCUUCGGGGAGCCGGUGAAAUCUAGAAAACGAGAGACGUCUCUACUAUUUUCUGGGAUGUAUCAAUCGCAAACAGUUACGAACGAUGAUAUACCUACAGGGGAAGUUCAAGUUGGUAUGGAGCAUAAUCCAACACUGGAUCAUGCGUUCCCAAGGAUGGAGAUGGAUUUUUGA